AUGUCUCAUGCCGCCCACACCGACCAAAAGAUCGACAUGGCUAAUUCUGAUGAUCCUUCUCCUCUCGUCAAAUGCUCCGGAACCGAACUCGAUUCGAUGGACGAUUUCACCCCCGUCAAGAAUAUGCAAGAGUUCUGUGACGUCAUGAUGCGUGGGAUGCUGUUUUUGCCCUGCUACGACCGCGCUCGUUUCCUCUGCGAUGAGGUGUACUGUGGAGAGGUCCCGGCUCUCGUGAAGGCUCGGAAGAUCUUCAAGCCAGCCAAGAUGGAAGAAGGCAUGGUCAUCACUAACUGGCCAGAAGAACUGUACCCGUUCUCUUGGAUGUUGAUCAAGGACCCGUGUGUUGUUCAAUGCCGUCUGAAGGAAUGGAAA